AUGGAAGGCGAAUCAGCCAGGAAAACCAACAAAACCAGACGUGAAACUGCAGUCCAGGGUACCAAUGACAGCAGUAUUGUGAGCAAAUGUUCCACCGCCUCAUGUGGCUACUUCAGCGACCCAUUUCUUCACUACUUUGUGUCCAAACUGAGCAGGAGAGCACCUCUGAUACACCGAGGGUACUACAUCCGGGCUGUGGCCUUUGACAGGUUACUGAAGAACUUUCUCGGACUGUAUGCACACUCCAAGAAACAGAUCAUCUCCCUUGGGUGUGGCUUUGAUUCCACCUACUUCAGACUUAAAGCGGCACAAUGUCUUGGAAACACUGUUUUCUGUGAGAUCGACUUUCCAGAGCUUGUGAAGAAGAAACGACUGCUGAUUGAAAACACAGAAGAUCUGUGGAACUUGGUGGAGAAGACCAAUGAGUCACCACUGUCGCCUCAUAUAGAGCUGAGCUGUCGGGACUACCACCUGCUUGGUGUGGAUCUGACCCAGCUGAACACCUUGGAGGCAGCUCUCAAAAUGUGUGCUGUUGACUUUGAGUGUCCCACCCUGCUCCUGUCUGAGUGUGUCAUGACCUACAUGACCCGUAGAUGUUCCACAGAAUUGGUGAAGUGGGCAGCAGAAACCUUUGAGGAGGCCAUUUUUGGAAUGUAUGAACAGAUGAACCCUGAUGAUGCGUUUGGUCUGUUCAU